AGUUGAGCACUGACUAAAAAUGGGAAUUGAAUAAAGAUCUGAAAACUAGAUAAUAUCAUGAUCUGCUGGGGCGAAAGCACGUUCAGUGAAUUGGGUUUGGACAGUGUCUGCCAGGAUUAUGCGUGUGGGACAGCAGAAAAUCCUCUGACAACUUCACAGAAAGCCAAGAUAACUGCCGUUUCUGUUGGAAGACGCACGAUUGCCGUUGUCACAGAAAAUGGAGAAGGAAAAUUCUGUUUACAGGAUGAAACGAGUGAAAGAAAAAACAUACAUUCAAAGAACUUGGCAUUGAGGGGGGAGAAAAUCGAGUCUUUGAGCUGUGGAGCAGAUUUCAUUGUCGUGGUCUCAGAGAAGGGCAACGUUUUCCAGCUAAACUGCCAAAUAAAAUCAUCUUCCAUUCCCAGGUGUCUCAGUGCACUAAAUGGCAGACAUGUGAUACAGGUUGCCUGUGGGGACCACCACACCAUUGCACUCUCAAGAGAUGGACAGCUCUUCACAUGGGGAAAAAACUCCAAUGGUCAACUGGGACAGGGGGAGGGAGGACCCAGCUCUGAGACCCCUAAGCGCCUCUUCUCUCUGUCAGGGAUCCCCCUGGCUAUGAUCACUGCUGGAGGGGACCAAAGCUUUGCUCUGUCUGUAUCAGGAGCUGUGUUUGCUUGGGGCAAAAACAGUGCAGGACAGCUUGGCGUAGGAGAUAAGGAAGAUAGAUAUGAGCCAACUAUUGUGAAGAGCCUACAUCUGAAGAGGACUGUCUUCAUUUCAUGUGGAGAUGAGCAUACUGCAAUUCUGACCAAGGGAGGUCUGGUGUUCACGUUUGGAUCAGGAGAGUACGGGCAGCUUGGACACAGCUCCAACAGAGAAGAACUGCAGCCUCGCCUGGUGGCUGAACUCUGGGGGUCAAGUGUGACCCAAAUAGCCUGUGGAAGGCACCACACACUUGCAUAUGUUGAAUCCUUGAAAUCAAUCUACUCAUUUGGAUGUGGAGAGCAAGGGCAGCUGGGAAGUGGACAGGCCACCAAUCAGAAUGUGCCUCUUCCUGUUCAGCUGUCUCCAGAAUUUGAUCAUGGAAUUGGGACCAUUUUUGCUGGAGCAAAUCAGUCAUUCUGCUCUUGUGAGACACUAGCCUAUCCUGGCAAAAUGAUUUUGACUGUGGAUGACGAUUUAAUUAACAAAUGGAUCUCAGGGUGUGAUUCAAACCCACGGAGAACUCUAAAAAGGGAGAUAAAAAGAACUUUUUCUUCACCAUCAACUCUCAAUGGUAGCUUUCUCAAUGAAAGCGGUGAUAAGCAUUACCAAACCUCAAUGGAGAAUUCAGGUCUGGACUUGUCUCUAGCACGUCUAGCCUUUGAGAAGCUGGCAAAUAAUAAACACUUGUUGAAAGAGGUAGCAUCAGUGGUGCAACGUACGCUGAUCCCCUCCCUGCCUGUACACCCUUCUGGUGUGGAGGACCUGAGAGUCUAUUUGAUCCUACCUGAGCUCCUGAGAGUCCUGCCCAUGAAAAAAGACCUCUGUGUAUUGUUCGCUAAAGCAGUUUGCAGACUGCAGCCACAGUGCCUUAAGAUCCUAGAGGGUUUAUGGUCAAAACUUCCAGACUCCUUUUUCAAGUCCCUGGUGGAAGUGGUGCACUCAGCAUCCACAUGGUUCCUCGACCAGAUGAGGACAGAGUGGUGUGAUUACAGGACCUCUGUGGAGAAGACUGUGGAAGUUCUACAGAAGCUGUAUGAGGUUAACUGUAGUGCUGGAAGGAAGAUUGAGAACAGCAACUUCUAUAUCAAUGAAAUUAAACUCUUCUUUAAAUCUUUGGGAGACGUUGGAAGAAGACGUUUUUCCUCUACACGCAGAAAAAUUGAAAAAUUCAUGAUGAAGAAGUUGGUCUUAUACCCAAGUAUCUUUGACUUGGAGACAAAAUGCAUGGUCUUCCAGUUAAAUAACAUAGCUUGCUUUGUGCUGAAUUUCCCAGAUCGUUCAUUACAGAAUGACCUGUGUGUGAACAGAAGGUCCCUUCUGACUGAUACCUUCCAAGAAUUGAGAAACUAUGGCCGUGACUACCUUUGCCCUCUAAAGGUAAAAUUUGAAGAUGAGGAUGGUAUUGAUCAUGGAGGUGUGUUACAGGAGUUCUUCACUGUCUUUGCCAAGGAAAUUCAUUCACUGGAGCCAAUGAUGUUUGAGCUAUUUCAAGAGUCAGGACUUGUCUGGUUCAUGCCAGAGGGCCACUGUGACCAUGAUGCUUACUACUGGCUAGGAAAUCUCUGUGGGAUGGCUCUGUACAACCAGCGUGUUGUGAAUUUUCACUUUCCACUGGCGCUUUUUAAGAAGAUAUUGGGUGUUAGGCCAACUCUGGAAGACCUGAAAGAACUCUCUCCCAUUGAAGCCAGGAGCUUGGAAGAAGUCCUAAAUGAAGAUGAAGACAUUUUGGAACUGCUUUACUUAGAUUUCACAGCUAAAGGCUAUGAAUUAGUUGCAGAUGGAAGAGAGAGAUCAGUAACCAAAUGCAACAGGCAGCAGUACGUGGAGGCAUACGUCGAUUUCAUUUUCAACCAGUCCGUGCAGAAGCAGUUCCUUGACUUUCACAAGGGAUUUUCACUUGGAUGCCCAAAUGAAAUAUGGAGCCUGUUUCUUCCCGAAGAACUCAUGGCCAUUCUGAGCGGAAACGUUGACUACGUGUGGGAGGAGCUGGAGAAGAAUGCUAUGUAUCAUGCAUAUGAGCCCACAGACAAGAACAUCCAAAACUUCUGGACUGUCUUCUUUGAGCUGUCUGAGGAGAAAAAGAAGAAUUUUCUCUCCUACAUGACAGGAAGUGACCGGCUGCCCAUCGGGGGACUGGCAAACAUUAAGAUCACCAUUGUCAAUCAAAACAAGCCCAACCCUGAUGACUUUUAUCCGGUCGCAAAUACCUGCUAUCGCUGCUUAUACCUUCCAAAUUACAGCAGCAUUCAUGUUCUGAGAGAGAAGUUUGUCCAUGCAAUCUCUUUUUAUGAAGAAUUUGGAGAAUAUUAGUGCCACAUGCAGAUAAGGACAGUAAUCCUUCAACUGCUGAGGUUUCACAAAACUUGCUGGAACAGCCACUACCACAGCUGCAUUCUCACUGCCUUUGAACAUUCCUCAUCUGUGUUGUAAAGUCUCUGAUCUAAUUUUUCAUUUUUCUGAUCUUCUGUUUUUUUAUUAUGAUUUCCCCUUUACCAUGCAAUUCUACCAUCAUUGGAAUGCUAAAAGAAUGUGUAGCAUAAAUCCAUAUGCUUCAGUAGAAGAUUUUUAAAAAUUCACAUGUGAUUUAAUUCUUAACAUUUAUUCUUUAAUAGUUUAUAUGUUCAAUUAGUUGUAUAUUCCAUCGGUUCCUUUUUAAUAUUACAUUGAAGAGCACGAUAAUUAAAAUCUGUUUACCAUUCUGAACUGAAUACCAUAGUUGCCUUUUUCUGGUCAUCUAUAAGAGGAAAAAACUGAUUCCUUAAGCAGCCAUUCCCCUUUUUGAUGAAACACAAGUGCAAAGAGUACAUUUUUAACCAGUUUCUGGAACAUAAUUUAAAGGUUUACUUAACUAUACUGCUGUGUUCUGCACCCAUAGAAUAGAUCAUCUAUAGGCUAUGACUUAUUAUGCUAAAUCUGUGUAUUAAGAUGUCUUUAAACUUACAUGACCAUUUGGUGUAAAGUAAUCUAGCGAUAAUGUACCAAUGCGAUAUUCUGCAAUUACAGUGAGGCGCUGGACUAAUAAAUUACAUGUAUAUUCAGUCUCAAAUGAGAAUUUUACUCCAUAUAGUUGAUGUGUUUCUUGACUGUUUGAGCUGUAACACAAAUCCCCAUGGUGACACCAAACUGGACAGCCUGUCUGGUCACAGGACUACAUGUAAAUCAGCAUAAUGGUGCCGAUUCAUUUGGGAGUAUGUACA